AUGACAAAGCAAAUCACUCUUGAAGAAGUUUCUCAUCACAACAAAGCUGGUGACUGCUGGGUUGUUAUCCAUGACCAUGUGUAUGAUCUGUCGCAUUUCAUUGACGAACAUCCUGGUGGUGCAAAGGUAAUUCUUAAACAGGCUGGCAAGAAUGGAACCGCUGCAUUUGAUCAAGUUCAUCCUAAAGAUAUUAUCCAAAUGCAUUUGCCCAAAGAGUGCUGUCUUGGAGUUUUGGUUCAAGAUGGCUCUAAACAUGCGGUCACCUCGACUUCUGCUCCAACCAUGUAUUCUAGCCCACUCAAUUUGCCACCUCUCGAUUCCAUACUCAACCUAUUUGAUUUCGAGGCAAUUGCUCGAUCUUCUCUAUCAAAAGAAGCAUGGGCGUACUAUUCAUCUGGUGGUGAUGACGAGCUCACUCUCCAAGAAAACCAUGCCGCGUUUCAUCGUAUCUGGUUACGACCUCGCGUCAUGGUUGAUGUCAAAACGGUGAAUGUAUCCACCACUAUGCUAGGUGUACCCUCUUCUCUUCCAAUCUAUAUCACUGCUACUGCGUUGGGCAAACUGGGUCAUCCCGAAGGUGAAGUGGUGCUGACUCGUGCUGCUGGAGCAAAAGGAAUCAUUCAAAUGAUCCCAACUCUGGCUUCGUGUUCAUUUAUGGAUUUGGUUGGUGCAAAGUGUCAAGGGCAGUCACAAUUUUUUCAGCUUUAUGUCAACAGCAAUCCAAGUAUCACAGAGAAUCUGAUUCGUAGAGCUGAAGCCAAUGGAAUCAAGGGAUUGUUUAUUACAGUAGAUGCUCCUCAACUUGGUCGUCGUGAAAAAGAUAUGCGACUAAAGUUUAUUAAUGACACACCUGACGCCAUCGAUCCCGAUACACCUCGCACAAACAAUUUGGGUGCAGCCCGUGCCAUUUCCCAUUUUAUUGAUCCUUCUCUUUCAUGGAAGGACUUGGACUGGUUUCGUAGCAUCACCACACUUCCCAUCGUUCUCAAGGGCAUUCAAACAGGUGAGGAUGCUAUCAUUGCAGCAAAGAGUGGUCACGUUGCCGGAAUUGUGAUUUCCAACCACGGAGGAAGGCAAUUAGAUACAUGUCGAUCGGGCAUUGAAGUGUUGAUGGAAGUGACCGAUGCGUUGCGCAAGGAGAACCUUGAGGGAAAAAUGGAAAUCUAUGUCGAUGGUGGAUUUCGUCGCGGAACAGACAUUUUCAAGGCAUUGGCAUUGGGGGCUAAAGGUAUUGGUCUUGGUCGACCAUUUCUUUAUGCCAUGUCAGGGUAUGGUCAAGCUGGAGUUGAACGAGCCAUUGAUCUUUUAAGGGAAGAACUAGAAAUGGUCAUGCGAUUGAUGGGUGUAACACGAUUGGAUGAUAUUAAAAGAGAAUCGUUGAUGACUUCAUCUCUUGGUAUUCAUCUAGGUUCACCAUUGUUUGAUUCGCUAUCUCAUCGAACAUACGAACCAUUAACAACUAGCAGCAAGCUUUAA